AUGUUCAAAAGAAUACAAGAACAACCCGAGCCAGUUGAUUGUCUUGCACUGUAUCAACAAGGCUAUACUGCAGACGGUGUUUAUGUGAUUAAACCAACCGGAAGUAUUACAUCUGAUGUAUGGUGUGAUAUGACCAAUGGUGGAUGGACGGUUAUACAACGCCGGCAAGAUGGAUCUGAAGAUUUCUACAAAAAUUGGGUAGACUACAAGAAUGGAUUUGGGAAAAGAGUUGGAGAGUAUUGGCUCGGACUUGAAAAGAUUUACCAUUUGACGAUUACCGACAGUUCACUUUAUAUAUACCUAGAAACGUUUGAAAAAGAUAAUGUGGACCCAUUCAAUGCCUUUGCCGAAUAUUCCACCUUUACAAUUAAUGAUGAGACCGACAAAUACCGAUUAACAGUUUCCGGGUACAGCGGUUCAUGUGGUGACUCGAUGUCGUAUCAAAACGGAAGUAAGUUUACAACAAAAGACGAUGAUAACGAUUAUGUCAAUUAUAACUGUGCAGUGAGGUUUACCGGAGCUUGGUGGUACAAUGCAUGUCAUAAUGCGAAUCUAAAUGGAUUGUAUCUUGAUGGAGCAGGCACAAAGUUCGGUGGCGGUAUAAACUGGAACUUCUGCUGGGGACAUACUUAUUCUCUGAAGAAAACUGAGAUGAAAGUUAGACGAAAUAUCUAA